AUGGGCGACUACAAGUCUGCCUCUGCGACUCCGUCCCCGUCCGGCUUCAACUACAGCCUUCAAGGACUGCCUUACAGCGAAACUCGAGCGUCCAAGCCUCCCAUCCCCGUCACCCGCUCAGUCUCAUCGUUACAUCGAAUUGCAGACUUGGAGCCAGACAAGCCACUGUGUUCUCCGCUGACAGGGGACAGCGCGUCCACCUCCUCCAAUAAGAGAUACAGCCCGCACGCGUCGGCAUCGCCGCAAGAUGGAGACGGACCGCGCUCCCAACUUGCGUGCUCAAUCUCCGUGCGAGAGAGUCAGACGAGCACCACGCUGAGCCUCAAUACAAGAACGCCCACAAUAUCCAGCCUAACCUCGGGCACUCUGAGCAUUCCUCAGAUUCGCGUCAACGAGACUGCCUUCACUCGGGAGUCUUUUGCGGACCGCAGCAGCAACAUCAGCACCACAGAGAGCGGGAGAUGGUUAUCACUGGGACAGUCACGGUCGAGUUCGGCUGCAUCCUUCAAAGAGACAGGCAAAGGCACACAGGAUACAUCUUCAGAAGCCCAUGGUCUAUCCUUGGAUAUCAACCUUCCUACAACCGGAUUCGGAGAAGAGCUUCUUCCCACGACCAGCAUUGAGUUCUCCAAGAGGGGGAGCAUGCUCAUUGAUGGGAGGAGGGUCAAUCAGUCCAACCGCAAGAGUUCCCCCAAUCUUGCUCCGAUCAUGGAUGAAGAAAGAAAAGUGAAUGUAGAGCCCCGUGUGCCAGAGGCGACUGCUGGCGACGGGCAAUCUGCGCCCACAGCCGUGGCAAGGACUCCGAAUGGCCGCCCUUCAACCAAGACCCUUUCCGCCGAUGAAGAACUCUUGUCUGAAAAGGUCCGCGCAUUCUACGCUGCAGGCACGGACGGUCAAUAUGACACAGAGUCCAACGUCAAUCUGGCAGCGCGCAUGGGAGCUCGAUGGCAGUCGACAUUGGUCGCCGAUAAUCGCAGUGCCGGCAAUCCAUCCCUUUCGCGCGCUACUUCCACUACAGAUAUUUACGAAGAUGCCAACAACUCGAGGCAGCCAAGCAUGGCCACCUCGGCCUCUCAUUCAUAUAUGGUCCCCGAGCGCGAGGAGAACGAGCUUGCCGGCGGUUUAGAAGACUGGAAAGAUAUCGAUAACGCAGAUGUGGACCGCUACGGCUUUAUCAUGGCCAAAGCCUCGACCACCUCUGUUGACGGCGUCGACGAGUCCAAAUCGCAGCGGCUGACCCGAGUAUCAACAAGUUUACAGCUCGCCAGUGAGACGCCACGGAGGAAAAACACUAUCCGCCGGACACCCAGCAGCGCACAUGGAUCUAUGCGGUCAUUGCAGAGCAAACAGGCUAGCCCAGAAAACACUCCACCUCGGCCCGUGAGUUCCCAAAGCGCCUAUGCGCGCCCGCAGCGUCGAAACGCUUCUAGCAGAAUACCACUACCAGGUUCCAAAAACCGUCGUCUAAUGGACUCGGCAAUGGACAUGCUUACACUCCCAACCUCGGCGCAAUCGGUGGUCGAAAACGGACAUGUGCACAUCGACAAUGCGCGAGCACGGCGGAAAGAGCUCGAACGUGAGGCAAAAUGGCGGCGGAUGGCAAAGGCGAAGACUCCCUCAAAGGACCCCCAAAGCGGUCUCCCCCUCGUGGGCGCCGGUUCCGAAAGCGAAUACACUUUCGAGACAACAAAUCCAAAACUCAUCGAGCGAACUUGGAAGGGUAUCCCUGACAAGUGGCGCGCAACGGCAUGGCACAGUUUUCUCAGCGCAUCCGCUUCGAGGCGGAAAAAUUGUGCCAGUGAUGCCGACCUGAUCUCUUUAUUUCAUUCUUACCAGGAUCAAGCGAGUCCGGAUGACGUCCAGAUCGACUUGGACGUGCCGCGGACGAUAUCUUCACACAUCAUGUUCAGGAGAAGAUAUCGGGGCGGCCAACGUCUGUUGUUCCGCGUUCUUCAUGCUAUGUCGCUGCAUAUUCCUUCAACCGGAUAUGUUCAAGGUAUGGCGGCGCUUGCGGUCACGUUACUGGCAUACUAUGACGAAGAAAAAGCCUUUGUGAUGCUUGUGCGUAUGUGGGAACUGCGCGGUCUAGGGGAGUUGUACAAAUCCGGCUUUGGUGGGUUGAUGGCCGCGUUGGAUGAUUUUGAAAAGGGAUGGUUGGAUCAAGGGGAAGUAGCCAGAAAAUUGGAGGCACUGAAUAUCGGGCCCACCGCGUAUGGAACGAGGUGGUAUCUCACAUUGUUCAACUAUGCAAUCCCGUUUCCGGCACAAUUGAGGGUAUGGGAUGUGUUCAUGUUGCUGGGCGACGAUGUCACGGCCACAGACUCACCCGCGGUUCCUCCAAGCCGUGGUACGUCGUCGUCGAAAGACAGAUGUCAAGCCGACGCUGAAGGGGCUUUGUUUGGAACAACCUUGGACGUCCUCCACGCCGCCUCUGCGGCCCUGAUCGAUGGCAUGCGGGACAUCCUUCUAGAUUCGGAUUUCGAAAAUGCCAUGAAGGUUCUGACCAGCUGGAUCCCCAUUCAGGACGAGGAUCUCUUUAUGCGGAUUGCGAGGGCCGAGUGGAAGAUUCAUCACGGGAGAAUAAAGGCACGAUGA